UUUCCUAUCGUUGGCCGGCCACAUCAUAAGGGAGCUCCGAUAUGCACUCCCUGUGGCUAGGCCGGAUAUGGCCGUGGAGUCCGAGAUCGGCCACCGGAAUCUGGCGAGGGAGGGCAAGAUCAGGCCCUUCCCACUCCCGGAUUUGACCAUGGAGCGCCGGAUUUGACCGAGGAGCGCCAGAUCCGGCGCUUCCAGUGGCCAGAUGAGACGGGAGGCGCAGGAUCCGGCGCUUCCGCGGUUCGAUUUGGCCGGGGAACACCAGACGGCACUUCCGCCGGCCAAUUCCGACCUUGAAAAUACCGAUACUGCCCGACGCCGCAGCCCGCCGUCACCACCGCCUUAUGCUGUCCACUGCGGUGGAGAAAAUUAAGUGAUAGAAGGAGAGAGACAGAUGGAUAGAGAAAAAGAAAUUAAGAGAAAUAAAAUUAUAACUUAUGGUAAUUUUUAAAAUGAUGGAGGAUAUUUCUGUCUCAUAAUAUUUUCAGCUUCAGGAUAGCCAUUGCCGGGAAAUGAACCAAGCAUUCUGUUGCAGCAAAAUACUAUAAAAACUAUUUCUUGUCACCUUGAAGUAAUUCUAUAUUUGUCUUAGAAAAAGCAGGAAAAACACCUACUGCAUAUAGCAAAAAAUAAAAAUAAAAAAUCAGCUAUACAAAUGGAAGGAGUGCUGCUAAUCCAUUUUGAUCUACUCUUCUUUCAUCAUCCACGAUGCUUCAGGGAGGAGGAACAGAUAGAAAGGAUUCCAGUCAAGAUGCAGUUUGUACUUGCGGCACCUGCCCUCCACCUCGAGUUCUCAAUUAUGGACGCUUUGUCAAGUUACAAAAGAAGUAUGAGAAGAAAAUACGGAAGAAAGAAGAACCAACUGCAGUUUGCACAUGCGGCACAUGUCAUUUGGAGACAAGAUCCAACCUAGAUGUUAAGAAUGAUACUGGACACGGUUCAACUUCAGUUUCUGCCUCUACUUCACAGGAGACAAGAUGCAACCUAGAUGUUAAGAAUGACGUUGCACAAGGUUCAACUUCUGUUUCUGCCUCUACUUCUCACGAGACAAGUCGAUUGCUGCAAGGUUCAUCAGAGAUUGAAAUUGACAAUGGCACCGCUUCUACUUCUGCCAGUGUCUCUGGUUCUACGGAAACAAAAUUCAACCAAGAUGUUAAGGACGUUGGGCAGGGUUCUACUUCAGUUUCUGCUACUCAUCCUCAGGAGACAAACUGGUUGCUUCUAGGGACAACAGAGAUUGAAAUUGACAAUAGCACUGGUUCUCUGCAGGAGACAAAUUCGUCGUUGGCACAUCACUCUCUAAUUGAUGUUUUGGAGGGCCCUGCAACCAUUGGUGCUUUUCGUUCUCGGGUAACUGGAGCUAUGGUUAUCUGUUGGGCAGUUGUGAUUUUGAGUGGAUUCAUCCUUGGUUAUGAUAUUGGAGUUUCAGGUUUGAUAACAGUAGAAAAGAGCUUUUUAUGGAAUAAUAUACAUGGCCUUUCACUUGAGAAGCGCCUUUUUGAAGAAAACAAUUUCUGCAAGUAUAAUGAUCAGAGAGUUCGCCUUCUAAUAUCAUCAUCAUACCUCAUCGCAUUGAUAAGUGGGCUGAUCUCUAUGGCAUUGAACUCCAAAUGGGGAAGGAGGCCUCUCUUGCAAAUAGGAUCAUUCUCCUUACUUGUUGGGGUCAUACUUAAUGCUGCAUCAAAUAAUAUUUUCAUGCUAAUUGGAGGAAGAGUGGUGCUUGGCCUUGGCUUUGGCUUCUGUAGUCAGGUCAUUCCUCUAUACAUAGUAGAGUUUCCUGACUCAGUAAAUCAAGAUCGUAUAUCUGUUUUUCAUUCUUUUGCUAAUUAUUUAGGAACAUUAGUAGCCAACAUUUUAGGACAAGUACUUAUGAGUCGUAGUGGAAAUGGUUGGGCUAUUUUAAUGGGAUGUCUGAGUGUUCCAACUUUGUUUUUGUUCAUCUUUUCGUUUUGCAUUGAUGACACCCCUGUUAGUUUAGUUUUACGUGGAAAUUUGAGAAAAGGGAAAGAAGUUCUUAGGAAAGUUAGGGGUAUAGGAGAUGUCGACACUGAAUUUAACAAAAUUUUGGUGGAUUUUGGUCCAGCAAAGAGUCUAAAGAGUCAAUAUCAAUACAUGAUAAAGCAGUCCUCUCGUCCAACUUUAACAAUUGCACUGUUGCAUCUAGUAUUCCAACAAUUAGGGGGGCCGACAAUGAUUCUGUUUUUUGGACCAGUUUUUUUUGAGUCUAUUGGCUUUAGUAAUGAGUUCUCCAAGAUUUCUGCUCAAUCUGUGUUGGUGGCAUGUGCUGUUGGCAUCUUACUUUCUCCCUGUCUAAUUUCAAAAUUUGGAAGGAGAAAUCUGCUUCUUGGGGGUUGUGCUCUCAUGUUCAUCACUGAGCUAUUGAUGGGAGUUAUGUUGCACUCCUUGGAGCCUUCUGGUUAUCUCAAAAAGAAGGCAGCGAUUGGACUUAUUAUCUUGGCAAUCAUUUAUAGUAUAAAUUUUGCCUCGACAUCAGGUCCAUUAGAUUGGUCGAGUAGUACUUUCCCUCCAAAAUCACAAGUUAUGGGUAGCUUAUUAUCAACGGGCUUUACCAUGAUUUUGAGUUUUAUAAUCUCAUAGGGAUAUUUGUUUGCUACUUGUUGGUCCCAUUUCUGGAUUUUUGUAGUCACUGCCAUAUUUAUUUUCCUGUUAUGGAUGGUAAUAUACUCUUUAAUUCCAGAAACGACCAAUAUUCCAGCUGAUGAGUUAUUGCAGAAGGUGUGGAAUAAGCACUGGUUUUGGAAGAGGUUUACCACUAAUAGUAUUGAACAUGGCAUGUAAUAGUUAUUUUUCAAUUUAAAUAUUUGUUAUUGUAAUUCUUAGACAA